AUGAAAAAUAGAGUUCCAUUAAAAGAAUAAAAGCCAUUUGCUCAUCUUUAAUAAAAAUAAGAUAUUAAAGAAGAGAAAGGACCUGCUAAUUUUGUUGUACCAGUUUAAACAACAAAUAAAAGAAAAUCAAAUUUGCUUAAUAAUAAAGCAUUUGUUGCAGCAAUUAAAAAAGCUUGGCAAACUGGAAAUUUAGCCUUAGUGCAUUAUGAUUUAUAAGAUUUUCCUGAUGAAAUCAUUAAUAUUGACACAAUUAAUUUAGAAGGUGAAGAAUGGUGGUAGAAAUGUCCAUUAACAAAAUUGGAUUUAACCAAUAAUAAUAUACAAGAAAUACCUCUUUAUGAUACGUAAAGCUUUAUUGUAAAAUAAUUAGAUUAUAAGAAUUAUCAGUAUUAAGAUUAGGAAACAAUAAACUUAGCAGAUUUCAUUUUGAUUUGACAAAGCAAUUUUAAAAUUUGAAAUCAUUAACACUUCAAAACAAUCAAUUAGUAGAAUUCUCAUGUCGUCUUGAUUCCAUAGUUGAAUUAAAUUUAGCUGAUAAUAAAAUAACAGGAAUUGAUAAUCUCUACUUUCCAAAUUUAGAAAUACUUGAUAUUACUAAUAAUUAAUUUUCACAACUUCCAUCAUAUUUACCACCUUUAAUAAAAAAAAUAUCUGCUAUUGGAAAUAAAAUAUAAGCAAUAAAAUAAUCAGAUUUAAUAGAAUGUAAGAAAUUAGAAGAUCUUUAGUUGUCUAAAAAUUAAAUAUCAUUUAUAGAAGAAGGAGCAUUUUAUAAUUUAUUCUAAUUAAGAAUAUUAGAUUUAAAAGAAAAUAAACUUAAAUAUUUUACUCAAGAAUUACUUGGAAAUAAUCAUGAUUGUUUAGAUUCAAUAUAAUUAUCUUUUAAUUAAUUGGAUGUAUAUAAUUGUUAUGAAGGAAUACAAAAUUUAUCUGUUCUUUUAUUAAAUAAUAAUAAAAUAAAAGAAUUACAUAAAGAAAUAAUAAACUUAAAGAAUUUAAAGACUCUUGAUAUAUCAAAUAAUGAUUUGGGUGAUUUACCUUCUUAAUUAGGAUUUUUAAGUUAAUUAGUGAGAAUAUAACUUGAGGGUAAUCCAUUAAAGUGCAUUAGAUCUAAUAUAAGAAGUGCAGGAGCUCUUCAAUUAAAAAAGUAUUUAUAAUAAAGAACUGAUGAUGCUGCAAAAUUAGAAGUGUAAGCAGAUCCUAAACUUAAAUAAUAAUUAUAUUAAUCUAAUAAUAUAUGGGAAGAAUAUUUAAGAAAUUUCUUGCAUAAAGAUGAAUUAGCUAUAAGACAAAAAAAUAUUAAUUAAAUAGAUAAUUGUGUAUUUAGAUUAACUAAUCUCAUUAUAAUAGAUUUUUCAUAAAAUAAUAUAGAAAUGAUACCAGAUUAAAUUUAAUAAUUAAAAAAUUUAAAGAAAGUUAAUUUUAAUGAAAAUAAAAUUACUUAAAUAUCAUUACAUUUAUUCAAUUUACCAGAUUUGGUAGAAUUAGAAUUAAGAUAGAAUAAAAUAUAAUUCCUACCAUCAAGAGAAUAAGUAUAUAUACCUAAUUGUAAGUUUUUUAAAUAUUAUUUUAUAGUAAUUCAUCUUGAUCUUGGAAAGAAUUUACUUUCAAAUAUUCCUAACUUUAUACCAGAAUUACCAAGAUUAAGGAGAUUAUUAUUGGCAUAUAAUUAAAUAGAUUCAAUUGAAAUUUUAUUAUAAAAAGAAUCAAUUCUAGAAGUACUUGAUAUUAGUAAUAAUUCAAUAGAUUAAUUGAAUGAUGUAAUUGAUAUUUAUAAUAAUAGGAAAUCUAUUUUAAAAUGCCAAAUUUAUAACAUUUAAAUCUUUAGAAUAAUAAUAUGAGGACAUUUCCUACAAUAUUAGGUUUUAUGUCUCUUAAAACAUUAUAAAUUGAUGGCAAUCCAACAAAAUUAAUUAGUAGACAAAUAAUAGACAAAGGAACUGUUCAUAUUUUAGAUUAUUUAGCCAAAAAACAUCCAUUAAAUUAGAUACCUCCUAAAAUUCAACCUAUUAUUAUAGAAGAUGCAAUCAUUAAUAAUUAAUCUUAAAUGUCUUAAUAAUAAUAAUAAUCUAUAAAAUAAAAAUAAGCAAAUUAAAAUAGUAAAUAAUCUACAUCUUCAUAAAUGUUAGUAGAGGAACCAAGAUAAUAAAGAUAAUAUGAAUAAUAAUAAUAAAUUAUAUAAGAAUAACCAUAAUAAUAAUAAUAAUAAUAAAAAUAAUAUGUUGAUGUAGGAUAAUUGAGAAUUGAAUUUUAAAAUCUUGAAUUAAAGAUUAAGUAUAUUGAAUUAUUAUAUAAUUAUUAGAUAGAUGGAAAGAGAAUUAAAUGAAAACUUUUCAUUAAAUAAGUUUUAAAUUUAAGAGAAAAGAAAAGUAUUAUAGACUCUAAUGCUUUAAAGAUCUGCUAUAUUAUAAUAAAUUAAUAGUUAUUGA